AAGUGAGUGGCAGAGCCAGCGGAAGGCGCAAAGUCAGAGGAUGCGAGAGAAAAACGUGCCCUGUGUUACUUAUUUGGGAACUGAAAAUUUAUGCCUAGUUGAAAAUGCCCGAGGAAAUAUUACAUCAGACGAAAUGACAAUGAUUAAAAUCAGCUUCCCCCCCCUUUCCCUCUCUUUCCUCCUUCUUUCCUUGCCUAGUGCAAUACAUGACAGUAUCCCGGUGAUAUCCAGCACUAUUGAACCGCUAUCCCUCCGCUCUUGGAACUGUUAGAGGGACCACUCAAUUUAAAGGGGGGUGCAGAAAAAAGAGGGAUUUAAAGAAAAGGGAAAAAAAGAGAAAUAGAGAGACGGUUCCUUUUGUUUUCUUCAUUGGAGAAUGGAGAGCGAGGGGGUUGUGCGAGAAUAUCUCCCAUUUUCCCAUGAACGCGAGUUGAGCAAGGCUAGUUAAUUGUAGGCUAAUCCUUGCCCUAAAGGCGUUUGGGAGCCUUGAGCAAGAAUUUGUGUAUGUGCUGCUCUCUCUGUGCUCUCUCUGUUAUUGGGAGACGGGUUCCUGGUGUUCUGCUCUCACACACCAGCCUGCUCCUUUUUCUCUCACACACUCAUUUGGGAUUUUUUUUCUUUUCUUGGGGUGUUUUUUUUUGGGUGUCUGCUGGAGACAAGCUGAAGGUGGGGGGAACACACGGAGAAGGGGGCACGACGGUACCCACAGCAAGAGGAGAAGCUGCGAGUGAAGCUGAAGGGGGAGAGACUUUGUCCAGCUACCAAGGAGGGAAGCAAAAUGUCCCGUCUGUCUCUAACCCGCUCCCCGGUUUCUCCUCUGGCUUCCCAAGGAAUACCUCUUCCAGCACAGCUUACAAAAUCCAAUGCUCCGGUACAUAUAGAUGUAGGAGGGCACAUGUAUACCAGCAGUCUAGCCACCCUAACAAAGUAUCCAGAUUCCAGAAUCAGUCGGCUGUUUAAUGGCACAGAACCCAUUGUACUGGACAGUUUAAAACAACAUUAUUUCAUUGAUCGGGACGGGGAAAUUUUCCGAUACAUUUUAAGCUUUCUGAGGACCUCUAAGCUGCUUCUGCCGGAGGACUUUAAGGAAUUCAAUCUUUUGUAUGAAGAAGCAAAAUAUUAUCAGCUACAUCCUAUGGUUAAAGAACUUGAAAGGUGGAAACAAGAUAAAGAGCACAGGAAGCAUUUCCAGCCAUGUGACUGUCUGGUUGUUCGAGUAACCCCUGACCUGGGGGAGAGGAUUGCUCUAAGUGGAGAAAAAGCCUUAAUAGAAGAGAUCUUUCCUGAAACUGGAGAUGUUAUGUGCAACUCUGUGAAUGCCGGCUGGAACCAAGAUCCAACCCAUGUUAUUAGGUUUCCACUUAAUGGUUACUGCAGAUUAAACUCCGUCCAGGUACUAGAGAGACUCUUCCAGAAGGGAUUUCAUGUGGCUGCAUCUUGUGGAGGUGGUGUGGACUCCUCACAGUUUAGUGAAUACGUAUUGUGUCGUGAGGACAGAAGAAUGCAGCCAAACACAAUGAGGAUAAAACAAGAGCCACUUGACUGAUGUUAGGCAUCACUUUGUAUCCCUAGAAGUGCGCAUUAGUCCUUGGUAUGAAACCUUUAGGACCUGCAAACCAGUAUUAAUGAACUUGUGACUACUUGUUGCCAGUUUGUAAUAUUAAAAGACAGACUCAUUGACAGGCACAUGCCUCACAACUGCAACUUUUGAGAGUACUUAACUAGAUUGGUUGGCUAUGGAUAUAUAUAUUCCUCUCAACAGCUGUGCUGUAAAGAUAAUAGACCAAUCAUGGAUUAUUAUAGACAUCACAGUAUAUUAUCAGUGAUGAAAAUCAUUUUUCCUGUUUUUUUUUUUAUUUGAAGACCCACUCCCAGUAUGCUGCAUUGAACAGCUUUCUGAUCUCCAUCUGUACAUGUGAUGCUUCAAAAAGACUCCUUUUGCAGUUACAUUUUACUAAAAGGAUUGAAGGCAAAAUACCUAGGAGACAAAUACCUAGGAGAUCCCCAGCUACAGACAGAUCACAUGGUCACAAGGUUAAAAGCCGAACCAAUAUAUUUGGCAAAUGUGUGCUACAUGGAGGGUGUUUGGAUCCCAUCAGAAUUUAUAACUCUUGCCUUGUCCCAAAUGCUUUCAUUAUUAUGCAUGGUUAGGAGUACUGGGUAAAGAGAAAUAUACUGUGCAAAAUCAAGGUUUCCAACCUGUUGCUUUGUCUAAUAAAUAUUUAUACAGAA